AGCAGUGGGAGUUUAGCCCUUGGUAAGGUAAUUCAAAAAUGAAUACCUUUACUCACUCUUUGACUAAAAUGCAUCAAGAUUUUUCUUUUCGGUUGGAGACCCGAUUCAAGCGAUUAGAGACUUUGCUUAUGUGUACUUGUACACUCGACAAACUUACUGAUUUGCUAGAGAUGGUUUUAUAUGGAGAACUUGAGCACGACGAGGGAGUGUGUGCCCUUUACGAUCACAUAGACGAAAUUAUAAAGAAUCUCCAAUCAUUUCGUAAUAUUGAAGGGAGGUCCAAUGUUGUGGGGAAAAAUGAAGGUCCUCUUGCAGAAGAUGUUGCUAAUAUCGACAAGCCAGAUCCUUCUUUUCAGGAAUUUUAUACCUCAGCUGGUGUGGUCAUUGCAGAGUAUGAUAUUCCAAAAAGUGUUGCCAAAGUGACAGAUGCAGAUGGUAAACAAGUGCGCUCACCUAUUUUGAUUGACACUAUUAAGUUAAUCGACAUUGUCAAUGCGAUCAAGACGGAGCACCUGGUUUCACCUAGAGCACAUAAAUAUGCUACGUGUCUUGUCUCAUAUUUCCAUUACUUUGCUGCACGAGCCAAGCUGGUUCAAGAUUCAAAGAGUGGACGGCUCCUUUGGUUCAACAUUCUUUCCCCAGUCAUAAAGCAUGAGUGGGAGCCUCCACCUUGAGGACAAGAGAUAUGACCCUAUAUAUAGGGAAUACAAGAGUAAUCAAAGUACAAGUAGGAAAGGAAAGAAUAAUCCUAGUAGGAAAGGAAAGAAGUAUCCUAAUUUAAUUAUACUUCCUAAUAUCCCCCCGCAAGCUGAUCAACGGAGACGAGGGGCAGCUUGGAACAUAAGUACUCAAAAGGAACUGGUGGAAGCGGUUUGCAACAAAGGAAAAAAAACGGAGAAUAGCGCAGACAUCUUCCACGCAGCGACUUCUUCUUCUACGACAAGUCUCCAACAAAUUUUGGCGCUGUUGCCGGGGAGAGUUUUGUAUCAAAUCAAUUUACCUUCUCUUUGCAGAUCUUAGGUCCAUCGAGCACAAUACGGAAGGGAAGGCAAUGAACUGAUGUCGCGUAU